AUGAGCGCCACCGACGUCGUCUCCGCUUUCGAGGUCCACGCGGCCAUGCGCCUUUGCAUUCUCAGCUACGAGUCGCGCCAGCCCAAGGAGCACGACGGCGACUUCAAGUCCCGUGUCCUCACUGCGUUUACCUCCACGUUGAGCGCGCUCGGUGUGCCAAAGGCCAGUGACCAGACGCCGUUUAUCGAGUUCGACGGCGACAAGAUCCGCUGCAUCGUCGCCAGCAUCGGCACCGUCGUGAUCCUCUGCGUCACUGGCUCCAACACGACCCGCGAUCACGUCACCAACUGUGCGAUCGCGAGCACGCGCAUCGUCGAGGGCCAGGACGGCGACGCGCCCGCCGGCUUCAACCUCGAGGCGCGCGAGCUCGGCCUCGCGCGCGUCGCACGCGAGAUCUUGAAAGACGCGGCCGUCAGCAAGGUGGUUCUCUGCGGCCACAGCCGCGGGGGCAGCGUCGCCCAUGUCGCCCACUACAGCCUCCGCAUCAACCCCAACUACGACAACAUCCCCAGCCACAAGGUCGCGUCCGUCGCGUUUGGGUCGACGCCGUUCCUCCGACGCCAGACGAGCCUCGUGGCCGGCGACCGCUUCCUCACGUACUACACCGAGAAUGACAUUGUGCCUGCCCUCUUCUCGUCGACGUCUGCGAUCGUCGAUCGCGUGCAGAGCAUCCAGGGCGCGUGGGUGCAGCUUCUGCGGUGGUCAACCGGCAUCGACCUUGACAGCGUGCGCGCGACGGCGGCCGAGCACACGAGCCUCGUGCUCUCCGAGUAUGUCUACUUCGGCAACUGGAUCCACCUUCGCGAGACAAGCCAUGUGCUCGGCACCCGCAUUUCGAUCGAAGAGGCAUCGAACCCGGUCGAGUACAACGGCAGCGACGCCUUCAAGGCGCAGCUCCAAGCCAUGACCUCCAUCAAGGACAUGAAGAACGCGCAUGGCAUUCAAACCGCGUACGAGCGCUUCUUUACGCGCAGCAGCGUCGCGGUACCAGCCAUGGACGUGCAGCUCUCGCAACAUGUCAUGCGCGUCAUGCUCUGCGCGGCCCUCGAGUUCAUGGUGCCGUCCAAGAUGCCGCAAGACGCGCUGUGCGUCCGCCUCAACCGCGCCAUCACCGCCGCUGUCAUGCUGAGGUCCUUUGGCGAUGACAGCGUCCACGCGAUCCUCCAAGACGUUGGCGAUGAGUUGGCAGCGUACCUCGUCGUCGGUCGCCGCCUCGGUCGAGAUGACAAGACCGAGGCCGAGGUCAACGAGAGUGUGCGACUCGACAUGCAGCCGUGGCGCGACCUCAUGCAGCGCAUCCGUGCGAUCGCGCCGGCCGACACGCCCGCUGCGUACAUGAAUGCUGUGCACACGUUCAACGAGGCCAACAUUGGCCACAAGCUGCCCGACCUCGUUCUGCUGAUGACCAAUCUGCUGGCGGAAGACUUUGUCAAGAUGCAGAAGAGCCCGGCCACAUGGCCCUACUGGCUCGGCGCAGUUGCUCUGGGGGCCGUCGCUGUGGGGUGUGUCGCCGCGACCACCGGUAGUGCCGUCGAGGUGGCUGGAACCCUCGUCGGCGCCGCUGCGGCACGGUUCAGUUCGACGAAGUCGACGGGGCCAUCCUUCGGGCAACUCUUAGGAUCGCUCUUCGCCUUGUUUGCAGGCGGUUAUGGCAGCUACGGGGCCUCGUGGAGCGCGCUUGCGAUCCAUCUCAAGACCGAGUCCUUCCGCACCGCGUCAAGCGCCUACUCGGACCAGCUCAAGAAGAUGGCAUCCGCCAUGGGCCUGCAUGACGCACCGCUGACGACGCGGCUCUUGGAGACACAGCUGGCGGCAGUCGAGCUGCCCAACGAUGCGACGCAACGGCCGCUCUUCGCCGCCUUCUCGAAGGUGAUGCAGACGCUCGUCCGACUCGAAGAGGCGUGCAAAGCCAUCGUCUUUAUCGUGCUCAAUGGCGACCAGCACGUCGGCAAGUCGUGGUUCAUUCGAGCGCUCAACAGCACGCGACAGGAAGCCCGCGAGUCGAAGACAGCGCCAAGCUUCUUGCGCUACGCGCCAAUGGCCGACGACCCGACCCGGAAGGUCUACCUCAUCGACAUACCCGGCAACAACACGUUGAACGAAGUCCAGGCGCAGUACACGGCGGGCCUCCACGGCGUUGGCACCAUUGGCAUUAGCCUCCUCCAGUUUGACAAGACGCCGCACGUGUUGCCCGCGGCGGCCAUCCGCAGCGCGUUCAAUGGCUGCGACUGCGUCCUUCUCUGUCUCAACAAGGUCGCGGGGCUGGGCCUUGACCUUGCGACCGAGCUCGAAGAGGGCGAGUCGCCCAUGAUCCCACCCAUCGUCGAUACGUGGCGGCAGCAGUUGGAGCUCGACGGCAUCGAUUUCUCGAGCGGCAAGUUUUACCUCAUGGCGACCGAAAUGCACGGCUCCAGCAAGGCAGAGACCUCGAAGAUGACUGCGCGCCAACGCAGCCGGUUGAAGGAGGACAUUGAAGACAACCUGGAAGCGGUCCGCGUCAACGGCGGCCAAACCAAAGAUGACGUCGUCAACUGGAUCCGCGACCAGGUCGACCGCAUCAUUCAGUCCCGCUCGUCGUCGUAG